AUGUCUUCUGAGUCGUUUGAAAAUUGCUUACAAGUGAGCAUCAUUAUCAUUCUUGGUUUCUUUGGUCUAUCAGCUGGUAUUCUGGGUAUUCGAUGUCUUCGCCAAACAACAAUUAUUACCGGGAUCGUCAGAAAUUAUUGUCUGUGCAUCGUUUUCUUCGCCUCAAUCAUUAAUGGAGUGCAUCUUUUUUGGGGAGUCCCCAGAGCAAUCUGGCUGAGUCACAUGAACUUGUCGAUUCUCGACAAUAUUUUUGGAUUUAUCGCAUUCGGAUCUGUUUCUGUGAUCUAUAUAGCAAAGCCUUAUAUUGGAUGGGGAGUGAUUCUCGUUUGCACACUUCUUGAUACAUUCACUUUUGCUUCUGUAAGAGAACGGAGAAAGAAAGCAAAGUCGACACAAAUCCGGGUGGAACAGCUCCGAUUGAGAAAAGAGUACACGCUGAUCUUGCAGAUGAUGUGUGACAAUGUGACAGUGAUCGUUGAUACAACUGCAGUCACAGUGAUCAUAAAUGUUUUAUCGAAUACAUCGAAAAUGGUUUCAUUCAUUUGUUGGACUGCUGCAUGGAUGACGGCUUGUGGAAUGGAGGGCCUCUGGUGUAUUGUUUUCUUUCGUGAACGACGUUUACAACAACUUCCACCAAAACAAUUUGUUUCAACGAUGACU